ACUUAUGAAUUAGUGCAGACAAGUCAAGUUGCUUUUUGCAUUUACUUGUCGAGACAUUUUUCUCAAUUUUUUCCAAAUCCAUCAACAGUUUUUUGUCGAUUUUCAAAAAUGAAGUGCUCCCUUUUUCUCACGAUAAGUCCCAUAAUAAUUUUGGCAAUAUCGGUUUGGUCCGCUUCUUGCCUGGAAGUCAGAGUGCAAUCCUCCCUUGAAAAAGACCUCACUGUUACGUCACAACAAAAGAAAAUCUUGGAUAAGUUCCGGAAACGAGUCCAGCAUCGUCUCACUAACGAGUUCAUGAAGCAUGAUUUGUACCUUAUCAGAUAUCUGCGAGCAAAAAAUUUCGAUAUCCGAAACGCCGAAGAAAUGUUAGUCACUAGUUUAGCGUGGAGAAAACAGAACCGCAUCGACACCAUUCAUGACGAGGAUUGGACCAAGUUUAAGAAACAAUAUCCGUACUAUCUUUCCCAGUACGAUAAGGAAGGAAAACCAGUGCUCUAUCUUCAUCCUGCCGCUUGGGAUUUGCGAAAGAUUGCGAUAUCCAAUGACGCCAAACAAUUCCAACGCUAUAUCGACAAAGCCAUCGACGAAUCCUGGCUUAAGGUCUACGAAUAUCAAUCAAAAUACGAAAACGUAACACAGGGAGUGCUGCUCGUCAAUAUGAAAGGUUAUAACGUCGUGCAACACGCCUGUCUGCAAUGUAUUCCCAUAAUCCUUCGCGGAAUUUUGACCUAUGAGCGAUACUAUCCCGGACUGGCGCAUAAAAUAUUCCUGAUUAAUACACCUUCCACUUUUGAGCCAUUGCUACAAGUCAUCCGUGGCGCGUUGAGCCCACCCACAGAAAAAGCGUUGCUAAUCUACGGCAUGAGCAAAGGAGAAUGGAGCCCCAUUCUGCAAAAGUAUUUCGACAUGGACCAAAUCCCAGAAGAGCUUGGGGGCACUUUUCAAACGGAGGUUGAUGAUUAUUAAUUAGAGGGGAAGAUUUUGUACGUCUUUUUUUAAAUUCUGGAUAAAUAAAAUUAAGAGCUUCAAUAAAGACAUGCAUUUUUAUUGAG